UGUAUAUAAUGUCCCCCAUAGCACACAACGCUAGCAUUAGCAAGUCUCUCCCUAUCGGGAAAAAUGGCUUCCGACAACCUUGCUAUGCUCAAUGCUCUCGACACUGCUCGAAUUCAAUGGUACCAUUUCAAAGCCAUUGUUAUUGCCGGCAUGGGAUUCUUCACAGAUGCUUAUGAUCUCUUCUGCAUCUCCACCAUCUCCAAGCUCUUGGGCCGUCUUUACUACUAUAAUCCUUCCACGUCCAAGCCUGGGAAACUCCCUCAUAAUGUCAACAAUUUUGUCGUCGGAGUUGCUCUUGUUGGAACCCUCACCGGCCAGUUAGUCUUCGGUUGGCUUGGUGACAAGCUCGGCCGGAAGAAAGUUUAUGGCAUCACGUUGAUUCUCAUGGUCAUCUGCGCCAUCGGCUCCGGCCUUUCUUUCGGUUCCACCGCACAAUCGGUGAUAACUACCCUUUGCUUCUUCCGGUUUUGGCUGGGCUUCGGAAUCGGCGGUGACUACCCCCUCUCCGCCACCAUCAUGUCCGAGUACGCCAACAAGAAAACUAGAGGAGCUUUCAUAGCAGCUGUUUUUGCCAUGCAAGGCGUUGGGAUUAUCUUCGCUGGGCUCGUCACCAUGACCUUGUCCAAGCUCUUCCUCCUCAAUUACAAAGGCCCGAUAUUCAACGACGAGCAUGUCCUCUCCACGGAACCAGAGGCCGAUUUCAUGUGGCGAAUUGUGCUCAUGCUCGGAGCCCUUCCGGCAAUCUUGACUUACUAUUGGCGGAUGAAGAUGCCAGAAACUGGACGGUACACAGCCCUCAUACAAGGGAAUGCAAAGCAAGCUGCUCUUGAUAUGGGUAUGGUUCUUGAUGUGGAGAUCCAGGCUGAUCAAGACAAGGUGGCAGAAUUUAGGGCUUCCAACAGCUACGGCCUGCUCUCUAAUCAGUUCUUCCGAAAGCAUGGACAUCACUUGAUUGGAACCAUGAGCACGUGGUUCUUGUUGGACAUAGCCUUCUACAGCCAAAACCUGGCUCAGAAGGAUAUAUUUCCAGCCAUGGGUCUCACUGAUAAAGACGUCAACGUCAGUGCUCUCACAGAAGCUUUCCAGACAUCCAAGGCCAUGUUCAUAAUUGCGUUGCUUGGUACAUUUCCGGGCUAUUGGUUCACAGUGUAUUUCAUCGAAAAGAUUGGGCGUUUCUACAUUCAACUAGUGGGCUUCUUCAUGAUGUCGGUUUUCAUGCUCAUUAUGGGGCUCAAGUAUGAUGAUCUGAAGGAAAACAAAUUCUACUUUGCUGUUUUGUAUGGCCUCACCUUCUUCUUCGCUAAUUUUGGCCCCAACAGCACGACGUUCGUGCUGCCAGCAGAGUUGUUCCCGACCCGGCUGAGAUCCACAUGUCAUGCGCUGAGCGCGGCUUCAGGGAAGGCUGGUGCCAUGGUCGGGACGUUUGGGGUGCAGAGCUACACCUUGGAUGGAAGCUCUAAGAAAAUCAGAAAUGCUAUGAUCUUUUUGGCCUUCACAAAUAUGAUUGGAUUUUGUUGUACCUUCUUGGUGAGCGAGACCAAGGGGCGGUCUUUAGAGGAGAUCUCUGGUGAGGAUGGCAGCGAGCAGGAGACCCAGAAGGGCAGUCGAGCGUCGGGCGCUAACCAAGAAGCUUCAUGGGGGUGACGAAGAGCUAGAGUUUGCUGCAAUUCGUGUGCGCUGCAGGUCUAGUACUCUUGGGUAUGGGAAUUACUAGUUACCAGGAAUAAGGGCCUAAUAAAAUAAAACGAUUGUGCUCUCUCUAUAUAAUAUACAUACAUAG